CAAAAGUAUUGAUAUUGAUGAAAUUAAAGAGGUAGAUAAUAAUAAUAAAGAAUAUUCUGAAGAAAAUGAUUAUAAGAAUAAAUGGACUGUUCAAAAUAAUAAUAAAGAUGAUGAUCAAGAAUUAUCUUCUAUAGAUGAAUAA